UUUCCGCGCGGGCCCGCGGCGCGCUCGGCGCUCGCUCCCUGGCUGGCGCUCCGCAGUCGGCCGCCGCCUGCGUGUCGCCGGGCUGGGAGCGCCCGUGUGCGCGAGUGACGCGGCGGAGGUGUAGUUUGACGCGGUGUGUUACGUGGGGGAGAGAAUAAAACGGCGGCGGGAUCCCAGGCGCGAACGAAAGCAGUGACGGAGCAGCCUGGUAACCGGUAACUCAAUGACCAUGGAAUCUGGAGCAGAGAACCAGCAGAGYGGAGACGCGGCCGUCACGGAGGCGGAGAGCCAGCAGAUGACUGUGCAGGCGCAGCCGCAGAUCGCGACGCUAGCCCAGGUAUCGAUGCCAGCAGCUCACGCGACGUCGUCUGCGCCCACGGUGACCUUGGUGCAGCUGCCCAACGGGCAGACGGUGCAAGUGCACGGCGUCAUUCAGGCUGCGCAGCCCUCGGUCAUUCAGUCUCCCCAGGUCCAGACAGUUCAGAUCUCCACUAUAGCAGAAAGUGAAGAUUCACAGGAAUCAGUAGACAGCGUCACAGACUCACAGAAACGCAGGGAAAUCCUCUCCAGGCGACCGUCCUACAGAAAAAUCCUGAAUGACCUGUCCUCAGACGCGCCGGGAGUGCCGAGGAUCGAAGAAGAAAAGUCUGAAGAGGAAACAGCAGCCCCUGCCAUCGCCACUGUUACGGUGCCAACUCCCAUUUACCAAACCAGCAGUGGGCAGUACAUUGCUAUUACGCAAGGAGGAGCAAUCCAGUUGUCCAACAACGGCACGGAUGGAGUCCAAGGGCUCCAGACGCUGACGAUGACCAAUGCAGCUGCCACCCAGCCCGGCACCACCAUUCUCCAGUAUGCACAGACCACAGAUGGGCAGCAGAUACUUGUACCCAGCAACCAAGUUGUUGUACAAGCGGCCUCGGGGGACGUGCAGACCUACCAGAUCCGCACGGCGCCCAGCAGCACCAUCGCGCCCGGCGUGGUCAUGGCCUCGUCGCCCGCGCUCCCGACGCAGCCCGCCGAGGAGGCCGCGCGCAAGAGAGAAGUGCGGCUCAUGAAGAACAGAGAGGCAGCACGUGAAUGUCGCCGAAAGAAAAAGGAGUACGUGAAAUGUCUAGAAAACCGAGUGGCUGUGCUUGAAAACCAAAACAAGACACUCAUCGAGGAGUUGAAAGCACUUAAGGACCUUUACUGCCACAAAUCAGAUUAAUUUUGGAUUCCCAUUUUCACUUGUCGAGGUGGGAUUGAGACUGGUUCUGGCUUUAACCAGAAAGACAAAGUGAACUUUUUAUUUUCUAAACAUUUCUUUUUUUUCUAUUCGCAAAACUGCCUGAAAGCAACUACGGAAUUGAAUUCGUCUGUGCUUUGCAUCAAACUGUGAAUGUUCAAACACUUGCCUCCACUUCUCCCCCUGCAAGAUUAUUCUCGUCGUGGAAUAAUCUGAGYGCGAAGAAGAACAACAGGCUUCUUCCUCAUCUCCCCAUCCUCGUCAAGGAGUAGCAGUGAUUCCUUGGGAAGUUCCCGUGGGAGAAGGUCCGUUUGUAAGGAUUUCAAGAAGWUGUGUUGA